UUUUAUGAAGUUACUUUACAGCAGCAGGUGUUGACAAAACUGAAUUAGACUGGGGAGGAAAUGGGAACUUUAACUUUAUAAUAGCAAAAGUAGGUCAAAAGGGGGAAAACAGAAAGAAGAAUAGAUAAACCUGUAUACGUGGAUAAAAUAUUGGCAGACAAGGAAUGGUUAUAAGGUAAUAGGAUUAGUUGCUUGCAGAAGUACAAGGAUCGUGGUUGCUGAAGCUAUUAAGUUGAAACUGAAAGAUCAAGUUUUAGAUUAGGACAAUUCUUUUUCUUUCUAUUUUUGGUAUCGUUUACUCCUUCUCAUUGUUUCUGACAUUUAGGAACUGCAUUUUACUUGUUUACUCUUGCAUUAGUUUUCCUGAAAUACAAGCCGAUAAAAAUUUUUAAUGCAAUGCUUGUUUGAGUGCCAUGAUAUGGACUCUAAGCUCUCAAAUGCCUUCAAUAUCAAUUUGACUUGUACAAAGCCGCCUCCGUUAUCAGUUCAAGAAGCAUGAACUCUCCAUCCACCCAGUUUGUGCCUUCAAGAAGGAUGGGUAUCUAUGAGCCUAUCCACCAGAUUGGCAUGUGGGGAGAAAAUUUUAAGAGUAAUGGCAAUCCAUCUGCAUCAGUGAUUUUCGAAGUGGAUAAUAAGCUAGAGAACGAGUCUGAGACUGCUUCACAUGAAAUGCUAGCACCUUCUAACAAGCAUGACCAAGAAGCAACUAAACCUAUUGAUAAGAUACAAAGACGUCUUGCACAAAACCGUGAGGCUGCUCGUAAAAGCCGUUUGCGGAAAAAGGCAUAUGUUCAACAGUUAGAAAAUAGUCGAUUAAAGUUGAUUAAGUUGGAGCAAGAGCUUGAACAAACGAGGCAACAGCAGGGUCUUUAUAUGGGUGGUGGAUUAGAAGGUGGUCAUCUUGGAUUUUCUGAAGCAGUAAACCCAGGGAUUGCUGCAUUUGAGAUGGAAUACGGACAUUGGAUUGAAGAACAAAACAGACAAAUAUGUGAACUGAGGAAUGCUUUGAAUGCCCAUAUAAGUGAUAUAGAGCUUCGCAUACUUGUGGAUGGUGGCAUGAGCCACUAUUUUGAACUUUUCCGAAUGAAAUCAACUGCUGCAAAGGCUGAUGUUUUCUAUGUGAUGUCUGGUAUGUGGAAAACAUCAGCAGAGCGAUUUUUUUCAUGGAUUGGAGGGUUUCGGCCUUCAGAACUUCUUAAGGUGCUCGUGCCUCAGCUGGACCCCUUGACAGACCAACAAAUCUUGGAAGUUUGUAACCUGAAACAAUCAUGUCAGCAAGCUGAAGAUGCCCUUUCGCAAGGUAUGGAGAAACUCCAGGAAACCGUGUCUGCCACUGUAGCAGCUGGUCAACUGGGCGAAGGAAGUUACAUUCCUCAGGUGGCUACUGCAAUGGAGAAGUUAGAAGCUCUAGUCAGCUUUGUGAACCAGGCUGACCACCUUCGCCAGGAAACGCUACAGCAGAUGUCUCGCAUUCUAACAACACGCCAGGCGGCUCGAGGGUUACUUGCUUUGGGAGAAUACUUUCAACGUCUUCGGGCUUUGAGUACACUAUGGGCUACCCGUCCUCGUGAACCUGCCUAGCCAUACAGUAGAAGAUCCUACAUGCAUGUUGGUAGAUGAUCACUGCAAGAACUGUGUUCCUGCAUACAGAGAUGCCUUUUGGUAAAUCAUAUCAUUAUAAAUAUAAGUAGCAUCAAUUUAUGUUGCGACAUUUUUUGAAGCAGCUUGUCGGAAAACUGAGAUCUGAGAUGUACAUAUGAUCACUAGUUAUUUUACCUAGGGGAAGGUUGUGAUUAAAUCAAUUUUCAAUGCUGUGUUGUACACCAUAUAUACUCUUGAAAUGAUAUAUAUAUAUAUAUAUAUUUAUAUAUAUACCAGUUGAAACUUUUAUGUAAAUUUCAAUGUGUUGUUUCUGUAUUAUGAACAUGGCCAAUGCAUAAUUGUCAGAGUUUGUUGGUGUAUUGGAACAUUCAUAGUUUGUCAACAAAGCUUCAAUUGGUAGUAAUUCAUUGGUUCAUAAAGUACUUCCAAUCUGAC